AUGUCUCAAUUUGCUGCUGUUCCUCCUCCCACACCAAGCCCAGCUGCAUCCACUCACCCAUUUAUGCAAAAUAUGGUACGUUUUAGGCACACUUGUAAGACAAAGUGGCUUGUUAAGGUGAAUAAGCAUCUAACAGAUGCCCAAAGGUCUCGAAUUCAGAGAACCCCGUUUCACUCGUUAAUGGAAAUGCCCGAAAAAUUACGUACCAAUUGCAUAUUGUUGUCUAACUUAGCGAGUCGGUGGGAGGAGAACCGUUUCGGUUUUAAAAUACAAGAUAAUGUAGUGUCUUUUACUCCACUAGAUGUAUGUUUCUCACUAGGAUUGCGUCUAGUUGGACUAAAUGUGAAUUACAAUGGAGAUGAAGAUGCUGAAUGCCAUACCAAAGGUUUAUUUAAGGGGGAAGAAAUAACAGUUAAGACAAUAGUUAAGCAACUAAGGAGGCAUAAAAGUGAUGACAAGGUUGAUGACUUUUGUAGGCUAUAUAUCCUUCUUGGAUUUGAAGGUAAUCAGUUCCUCCAGUUCUGGGAUGAAUACAGUGCAUGA